GCAGAGAGAUUUUGAGCAGGGAAAACGGCAAGGUGUUCUUCUUUCCCGUGAGUCGGCCAGGCAGAGGCAAAGCAGGGGAGAACGCUACCGAGCAAAGCGUUCGACCUUGGAGAACAGAAGCCCAUCUUGACAGGAGGCUCAUACAUGAAAUAUCAAAUGGAGGCUGUCAAUAAUUCUUCCGAAGUGGAGUCUACCCCGAAGCCUCAAGUCAUUUACCGUUGCAAAAAGUGUCGCAGGAUUGUUGCUGCAGAAGAGAAUGUGGUUUCCCAUGAGCGUGGGAAGGGAGAAGAGUGCUUCAGGUGGAGAAAGAGAACUGGUGAUCCCAAGGACUGGGAAAAGGAUGCAGCUGAGUGCUCCUCCAUAUUUGUUGAGCCCAUGAAGUGGAUGGAAGCAGUGCAAGAAGGCUAUGUUGAAGAGAAGCUCCAGUGCAUAGGCUGCAAGGUUCGUCUGGGCUCGUUCAACUGGGCAGGGAUGCAAUGCAACUGCGGGGCUUGGGUCAAUCCUGCAUUUCAACUCCACAAGAGUCGAAUAGAUGAAUGCCGCAUGUGAACCGGGAAAACCAAACCUUUCUUGGAGAGCACUAUCUGGUAAGAAUUAAUUAGCUUCCUUGACCGAGACAUCAACUGCGGUAGCUACUGGUGUGUAUAUAGUUCGUUGUGUUCUAGCACAAAAGUAGAAGGCACGACUUGAGAUCUUCUGAGCUGCGCAAAUGCCCAUUUGAACCUUGGGUAAGAUAAUGAAAGCUACUAAAAAUGAAUCUUGGCCAUGGGCCUAUAUAUGUAUUUCGCAUGUUUUCCGAAA